AUGUCUCACUCUAAAAGUAUAAAUCCAGAGCAUCGAGCCUACGGUAGUUUUGGCCCCAACUCAAAGGCAUCCGCUCUCUUCGAUGCUGCAUUUUCUAAACCUCUGCCGAAGAAACGAUGGCAAACACAAAAACAGUCGGGUGAUUCUCCCACGGUGGAUGCCCUGCCAUCAGUCUCGGAUGCGGAACCUGCUCAUCACUCUCCUAAGCAAGUAUUUUCUCCUCCAAUAAGUUUACCGGAAAGCACUUCAACAGAUGGAACUGUUGAAAAUGACAAUGGUCUCUCUAGUAGCGAUGAGGACAGCCAACCUAUUCCUACAGAACGCUCUAGCAAUCAUUCUUCCAUUUCACCUUUGAACAGGUAUCACUAUAUUUUGGUUGUACUUUUCGUGCUCAUCGGGUACAGUUAUUUCUAUUCGUAUUUCCCGGGGCGGAAAUGA